CUGCGCAUGCGCGCCAUCGUCCCUAUACCCAGGCCCUAACUACUCGCAUAUCUUACAGCAUCAGCUUUUAGGGAGGAUACGCAGGAACUUCAGCGGAAAAAAUGCAACCUAAGAGCCAGGAUAAAUGUGUUGGAACCAGGGGAUUGUGUUUUAGUGAAACGCCUAGUUUUUCCAGAGGGCAGACACAAGCUAGCAGAUAAAUGGGAGGAUAAGCCAUGUAAGAUUUUGAGACAGCCAAACAAGGACAUACCGGUUUACGAACUACAAGCGAUUGGUGGAAAUGGUCGGAAAAGGACAUUACACAGGAACCAUCUUUUACCCAUCAGUACGUUACCGGAAAUUUCACCAGAUGUCAACACUAGAACAAGACCAGUACCACGACCAAGAACUAGACAACCAAAGGUAAUACCAGAACCCGAAGAGUCAUCCAGUAGUGAAGAAGAUGAGGAUCAGGUGUACUUAGUGGAGGAUGCAACCUACUUGCAACCUGCUAGCACCACUGAGGUACACGAUGGGAACGAAGGACAAGCUGAGAUCGACACCAGUGUUCAAGAUGGUGGAAGCAGGCCUGAACCACCAGACUCAGCUGUUUCUGAAGUGUCAGAGGAAAAUUCACAGCCAGAUGACCCGGAGCCCAGAAGAUCGGGAAGAGAAAGAAAACAACCGCUCCGGUAUGAAGAUUAUGUCAUGUCACAGCAACCAGCAUCUUCGGUACCUUCUACCCUACAGUUGCGUGCUGAACUGGCAAGAUCGCUGUUACCACCAGAUUUCAUGAGUUUGUCACCAGAUAGGUUGCAGGUCGUACUAACUAUGUUGCCAGGUUUAUGCAAGUCCUUGUUUCCGGAUGUAUUUAAUUUUAGCUGGUGUUGGAGACGGCCAGGUCAUAUUGUGAUCGGAUGUCGAAUAUGGUUAAUGUCGGGGACAACAUUUGCAUUAGGGGGGAAGUAUGUGGGAGAGUGAUUUUAUUGGGGAACAUUUUAAAGUCACCAAUACUAAGUUUUAAAUGUUAGAUAAUAUGUUCCACUUCACUAGCUUUAGCUAUCCUGUGUUUCUAUCGACUUUCUAUCCACUAUCUUAAGUUAGAGUGAGUUUCUUCUCACUUUUGGUAUCUUGUCUUGGUUUUAACCUUUGAACCUGAGUAUAUUGUGGUCAGGUGAUUUGGUAUCCAGGGAAUGUUUGGACACUUAGGUAAUAGAGUUUGAGGCAAUAGGUUGACUAUUUUCAGUUCUCCAUAUUGCAACUUAUUUCUGUAUAGUCAUAGUUUAAUUAGCUAGUUUUAGAUAUUUCAUUUCUAAUAUAGUUUAUAUAGAAGUUAGAUUAAAGUAUUCAAUAGUUCCAGUGAUUGCCAGGUAGGGUAUGUAUUAUAUUGUUUUAUGUAGUUUUAUCAUAGUUUUCAAAGUCUUGGUCAUGUUGGACAUAUAGUGUCAGACAUAUUGGAUUUUUAGUAAAAUUUAAAGUUCCUUGGGUUUAGUAAUGGUUUAUAGUUAGUAUAUUAUACAUUUCACCACUUUCAUUCAAAUAUACUUUUAAACAUCUAUUGCAUAUUCACACAUUCAUAUAUUUUAUUACAGAUACUUCAAAGGUACUUCACCUUUGACAGUCUGUCUAGCCAGCAAAACCCCUCUCUAGGGGUUUCUGUUAUAUCUGAAUAAACCGUUGAAUCGAACCCUUGGUAACAAUAUAUCAAAACAUAAAUAAGUAAUGAGUACGUGUGGAUUUGAGCAAACGAUUGGCAUAAUGCGUACCGCAUAAGGACACAGAUCACCAAAUAUUCCUACGCCGUCACAAACAAGGGCCAAAGCUAUUUUUAGUCUUCCUCUCCCUUUUCCUUUUUCCCCCUUUUGCAUGGCGAUUUUUGUUGACUUUUUGGUGUAGAAUUGAGGAAAAGGGUUUGAAAAUACAUUUUCUGCCAGGUUUUGGUGAAUAUUCAUAAUUUUGAUGCGGAAGGAUACAAGAGUUGAGAGGUUGGUUACGUUGAAAUGUAGGGCCUGAAAUUGCAUGUUUAUUUGUCUCUACUUCCAGCUUGUGUAUCUCAAGUUUUUCAUGAAGAACCUCAUACGUGCUUUUGGGCAAGUGGUUGCCACAUGUUGCUCCAUCUGUGGUAGAAAGCGUUCUACCCAACGAAAAUUUGGGAAAAAGUUAGAGCCGGUCUAAGAUACGAGAAUUAACAUUGGAGUCAAUGGGGAAAUCUUUAGUGAUCUGUGUCCAUAAGACACCCGCACAAGUCACAAGGGUAACAAUUAUUGCAUCGCGCCCCUGGAAUCUAUAUAAUUCUUAGAUCACAUGACCCGAACAGGUCAUAUGACUUGAUGUUUAUCAAAAUGGAGUACGGACAUCACGGGCGAAGAAAGUUAUUUUUUUGUUGAUAAAGCACCUGAUUGUUUGAAACCCGACAAAAGAGAACAUGGAAUUCGGAAGGAGACGUAUAGCGCUGUUGCCAGUAUUGCUACUUUCAGUUUUAACCGUAAAUGGAGCAUAUUUGAACAUGUCAGAUUCUUCCAUAUCGAUAGAAUUAAAUGAAGAAAAAAUACUAGAUUUAAUACCAAGAUCUGAACUUGAUGAAUCAGCUUUAAUAGUAUUUACAUAUGAGAUUGGUAGUGAGAUUAAAUUUGAGCAAGAUACAAAAUUGAUAAGGGAUGUUCCUAAUGUAACCAUACCAGCCAAUAGUACUGAGAAAGUACCAUUCUUAGUGAAAUCUGAAAGUCCAGGUCAUGUUAUUCUGGGUAUAAACUCUACCUCAACAGAACUACAGGAUCUAAAGGAUGUUUAUGUACGCAUUGAUGUUUAUCACAGUACUAUGCUGGUUGUCAUUAAUUCUGUCAUUGGUUGGAUAUAUUUUGUGGCAUGGAGUGUUUCAUUUUAUCCACAGGUUUACUCAAAUUUCAAAAGGAAAAGUGUCAUUGGGUUAAAUUUUGACUACUUAACAUACAACAUAUUAGGCUUUUUAGCUUAUGGUUUUUUCAAUGUUGGUAUGUUUUGGUUGCCAUCAAUUAAGAAUGAGUAUGCUAAUGACCACCCUAGAGGUAUUAAUCCUGUACAAUUAAAUGAUGUUAUAUUUACCAUACAUGCUGUAUUUAUUACAAUAAUUACAAUAUCACAAUGUUUUAUUUAUGAGCGUGAUGAUCAAAAAAUAUCUAAAAUCUGUAAAGUUUUGGUUGGAAUUGCCAUCCUGUUUUCUGUAGUAACCCUGUUUGUAGCUGUUGGUGGAAAGAUAACAUGGCUGACAUAUCUGUAUUAUUUCUCGUAUAUUAAACUAGGAGUUACUCUCAUCAAAUAUGUACCUCAGGCAUAUAUGAAUUAUACAAGAAAGAGUACAGAUGGUUGGAGUAUCGGUAAUGUUUUAUUAGAUUGUACAGGAGGUAGUUUAAGUCUACUACAGAUGUUUUUAUUGUCUUACAACAGUAAUGAUUGGGCAUCUAUUUUUGGUGAUCCAACAAAGUUUGGUUUGGGUUUUUUUUCAAUUUUAUUUGACAUCUUAUUUAUGGUUCAACAUUACAUAUUAUAUCGAGGCAAUUCAUUUUAUACUCCAAUACCAGAUAAAGUCAAACCAGAUGAUUCCGAUAUACAGCAGAAGGGUAUUUCAACAGGCCGCAAUCAACACUUGAUGUCAUCGAAUAGCUCAGAUUCUAAGUAAAUUAGAACUGUUCAAACAUUUAAUGAUUUAAUUUAAAAUGGAGAAGCGAGGCUAAGACAUCUUAUCAAAACUACAACCAUUGAUAACUUUGCUCAAAAUAAAGUAAUUUGAAUGAAA